AUGUCGGACAGCGACACUUCGGACGCGCUGGAGCGCAACAACAACCGCCGCAGCAGCAUCAGCAGCAGCAGCAGCGGCAGCAGCAACAGCAGCAGCGGCCAACAAAACCUGGGGCGCAACAACAGCCGGUCGGGUAGCGACAGCAGGAGCAGCAGCAAUAGCAGCAGAGGCAAAAGAAGUAAUGUCAGCAAUGGGAGCGAUGAAUCUGAUGGAGAUGAAUCAUUCCUACGAGGGGGUCACGAGGAGAUCCGCCACUUUCUUCCUUUUUAUCUUCUUCAGAUCUCUGACGCGGAGGAGUUCUUGUGGGGCCGCAAAGAAACGGCAGCAGCAGCAGCAGCAGAAGACUCGGGAGGAAGCGAUAAUGACCUACUAGACGAGGAGGACUACAUAAGAGGUGCUACUACUGCUGAUGGACCAGCGGCAGAUGGAGCAGAAGAUGACGGACACCGUCCCAAGCCUUCAGCAGCAGCAGCAAGUGCAGCAGCAGCGGCAAGGACUGUGCUGCAGCAGCAGCAGAACAGCGAUGUGACGCUGUUUGACGAGGAGUCUCCGCCUUUCUUGCGGCCUGUGCUGCUUCACGAUGCAGCGGCAAGGUUGCGGAAGCAGCAGCUGCUGCUGGCAGCCCUCAAUGACCUGACGCAUGCAGAGGUUCGGCACGACGCAGCAGCAGCAGCAGCUGCUGCAGCUGCAGCUGCUGCAGCUGCUGCAGCGACAGCAGGAGCAACCGGCCCAGAAGCAGCAUCAGAGGCAUCCCAGAGUCAGCAGCCAUUCCCAACAGGUCGCCGGAGUGUGGGGGCGGAGUCUACCUUCGCACCCUCCCAGCAGCAGCAGCAGCAACAGCAGCAGCAGCAACAUCAACAGCAGCAACAGCAACAGCACCAGCAACAACAACAACAGCAGCAGCAACCCAUGCUGCUGAAAAACCAGAAUCCUAAGCUCGCCAGGAUAAUGCAGAGUGUCUUCGGCAGAAGUAAACCCGUUGGGCGGUUCGGGGCAUAUGGCGUGCAGCAGAGGCCACAGGCAGCAACAGCAGCACCAGCAGCAGCAUCAGCAGCAACAGCCACAGCAGCAGCAGGCGGUCAGCAGCAGCCGUCUGGCUCCUGUACGGAUGGGAGCACUGGCAGCAGCGGAGCAGCAACGACAGCUGGGGACUCCGCACCAGCCUCUCAAGGUGCAGCAUCAAUAGCAGCAGCAGCAGCUGCAGCAGCAGCAGCAGCUGCUGCUGCUGCACCGCAACACAUGCGUACGGUUGAGCUUAACAUAUCUCCUGCUGCAGUACGGAGCCUUAAGGAUGCUAACUUGCUGCUGAAGAGGGAGGGCUGCAACAGUGACAGCAGCAAGCAGCAGCAGCAGCUAUACGAUAUAGAAGACGGCCACUUAACCUAUCAGCAUCCGCGCUUCUGCGCUUUUGCCAUCUUUGUAAGAUGUCCCCAGCAGCAGCAGCAGCAGCAGCACGCAGCACUAGCAGCAGUAGAAGAAGCAACUGUAGUUACUAGCAGCAGUAUCGACAACAGAAGAAGCAGUAGCUACUUUUCUGCAACGGAAUUAGGCAUGGCUCGGCUAAACACUUUAUACGAUGAGGUUGAAGGGAAUAUUGAGGAGCAGCAGCAGCAGUACAUGCUGCUGCUGCAGCUACUGCGCUGCCUCAGUUCCCUUGCUGCGCCUCCCCCAAGCGAAUGGAUUAGGUUUUGGUUGAAGUUUGGGCCCGCGUUGAAUAGCCAUAAGGCUUGGCAAAUAAGAGUUAAGGAGACAGAGGAAGCAGCAGCAGCAGCAGGAGAAGCAGGAGCAGCAGCAGAUAGACUAGGGGGCCUUGACCCCGAUGAGAGGCAGGCAGCACAAAGUCUUGUUGAAGAAGAAAGAGGCAGACGCAGCCACAUCGUUAAUAAAUACCUCGCCGGCAUGCAUAAGAUGAAGGGGACACUGAGCUGCGGGAGUUUGUGGCACCUCGUCUCUAAAUUCUACUUUGAUCAAUCGGAUCUUGUUGACAAAAGAGGGCACAACACGCCGCUUCAUCAGGAGUUAAAUAGACUUGUGGAGGAGAGGAAUGCCCUCUAUAUGCGAGAGAAAGAGCUAAAGGAUAAACUAGCUAGUCUACAAGAUGAGCAGACACCCGAGGAGGAGGAAGAAGGAGACAUCCAACAAGCUGGUGGCAGGCUAAGAAGGGGAGGAGCAACAGAAGAGAAAAGACUAAGGGAGGCAUUAAGGGCAGACGUAGAGGCAUUAAGAGAUAAUUUAUUUACUCUUAGUGAAUCUAUUGCUGCUGCAACAAGCCGGCUUCGUGACUCAGUGGAUCGGGCUAAGACUGCCAUCAGCUGCAUGCACAGCUUUGUUUGUGCUGCACUGGAGCUGCCUGCUGCUGCUUCCUCAGCAGCAGAGGUGCCGCUUCAUGUUGCUGCGCAAAAGCAGCUAAAGCUUGUCAAGGCCAUGCUGCAGCACGGUGUCGACAACAAGCGUUGCAGCGUGUUGCAGCUGGUGCUGCAGGAGGUGCAGCAGCAACUAUUUCCCCAGAUGCAGCGUCAGCUGGACCUUGAGGGUAGCAGCUACAUUGCUGCUGCACAGCGCGGUGCAGCAGCAGGAGAAGGAGCAGCAGCAGGAGGAGAAGCAGCAGGAGCAGAGGCAGGGGCAGGAGGGGAAGGCAGGGCUCUCGGCUGGUGGAGUAAUCAGCCAGAAGUCCGGCGGUUCUUUAAGACCAGUACCAGCAGCAGCAGAAGUAGCAGCUACAGGAGCAGCAGCAGCAGCAGCAGCAGCAGCAGCAGUUCAAGAUACGGAGACAGUACGAGUUUCAGUGGUCCCUCGUUGUUAGAUCAUGAGAGAAUGAAGCAACAGAAGCUUCUUGAGUUGGGGAGACAGGACCCGCUGCGUGCGCGGCUGCUGCUGCGGCAGCAGCAGCAGCUGCAGACAGAGAGGGAGCAGCAGAGGGGUGUACAGUAUUUGCCCUUUUUGCAGCAGCAGAGGAAUAUUGACUACCCGCGUCUCUUUGGAUAUGCUGAUUUGCUGCUGCUGCCUUUUGACCUAGAAGGAGAAUUGAGCCUGCUGCAGGAGGAUUACGAACAGCAGCAGCAGCAGCAGCAGCAACAGAGGGGUUCCGCACCCAGGCCCAGCGGUGUCGCCGGGACAACAGCAGGAGGGGGAGCAGCAGCAGCAACAGGGGGGACAGUUGGUUUUAAGAAUACAUUAGAUUUAUGCUGCAGUUAUUGCAGCAAAGAUUGGCUAUUUGUUGGUGGUGAGCCCCUGUUGCAUGCAUCGGAAGCAACGGGGCUGCAUGCAUUAUUAAGUGGAUUUGUUGGUAUAUCUCCUCUUUUUGCUGCUCCUCUUAAUCCAGAUACACAAGAGAAUGCUAUGUAUACAGGGGAACAUUAUUCUCUUGCUUUCUUAAUAGAGGCAGCAAUUAAGGAUAAAAUAAGAGACACAGAUGCUGAUUAUCAUAAACCAUGGGAUGCAGAGGUAUUGCUUAACCUAAUUUCUUGGAUAUUUGCAUUUUAUGUUCGUUAUUUCUCUGCAUCUAAUGUGCUGCGGCAGAAAGCCCGGGCGAAGCAGCAGCAGCAGAAGAAGCAGCAGCAGCAGGAGCAGAAAAAGAAGCAGCAGCAGCAACAACAGCAGCAACAGGAUGAUUUGAGUUCUUGGCAGCGUCGUUGGGCGGAGCAGAUGGACGCAUCCGAGCAGCAACAACAGCAGCAGCAACAACAACAACAACAACAGCAGCAGCAGCAGCAGCAAGAAGAGGAAGAAAUAGAACUAUUAGAUAGAGUAGAUAUGAUUUUCUGCAUGCAAGGGUUCGAUACUUUUUUAAUUCAUUCUUAUUUAAUUGAAUGUAUACAAUUAUGCCAGCUAGGGGGGAGUGUCUCCGCUAGUAUGGAGGGUCUUAAGGUAAGAAAAACAAGAAAACCAGGAGGAGCAGCAGCUGCUGCUGCAUUCUGGGAUGACGAGGAGACACUGCAGCAGCAGCAGCAGCAGCAGCAGCAACGAACAAGGACAGUCACCACAGAUGAUCUACUCAGUGACUUCUUCCGAGGAGAUAUCCUAAGUCGUUAUAAGGGAAACCCUUUAUCUGUUAAUUGUGGUAUAGUUGCGCUGCUGCAGCAGCUGCUGCAGUACAGGCAGCAGCAGCAGGAAAAUGUUUGUCUUUUCUUUGAUCUUCCUUCUCUUCUUAUUUGCCAACAAUUACUUAAUGAUACACAGCUAACGGUACUACCGCAGCAAGCCUUCUUAGGAGAUUUUGCUGCUUAUAUUGUUAAAUCUUUUUUCUUACUAUGGGAGAAAAAUAGACUUCUUCCUGUUGAGUUAUUAUUUAGUAAGCAGAGGUCUCCUCAGACCCUUGUCUCUUGCCGUGCUCCCCCUUCUGCUGCUGCUGCUGCAGCAGCAGCAGCAGCAGGGGAGGGAGGUGAUGCGGAGUCAGCAGAAGCAGCAGCAGCAGCAGCAGCAGAGGAGGCAGAAAUGACGCAACAAGACUUCUGGUGUCCUGGGUCUCUCCCUGCCCUCCAGUCCCUCUGCAGCAACUACACCAGAGGUAUCGAUGCUAAGGUGCAGCAGCAGCUGCAGCAGCUGCCGCACCUCGAGCCGCAAGAUGCCCUAAGGGUAGCAGCAGAAGAAGCUGCUGCUGUUAGCGGGAGACACAGAGACAGUGCAGCAGCAGGAGCAUGGACACACGAAGAAGACUGCAUGCUGCUGCAGUUCUUUGAACAGUUUAGGGGAGUAAGAGACUACUAUACAUAUAUUGCUGAGUUAAUGGGAAGAAAUGCUAAGGCCGUCAGGAAGAGACUGCAGCAGCUAAGGGCAGAACAAGAAGGAGACACAGAAGCAGCAGCAGCAGCAGAAGGGGAGACAGAAAUAUACCCUGAGGAGACACACCAACGUGAUAGUGAUGACUCGAAGGGAUCUCCUGCUGCUCUUGCUGCUGCAGUAUUAAACUUUAGGAAGAAAGAUUGGCGAGCAUAUUGUGCUGCAGCAGGAGACAGCGAGGGGACAGUCUCCUCUCGUGUCUCUUAUAACGCAGAGCGUCUCCUUGAGGGUGUAGCAGCAGCACUAAGAGAUGCAUGCAGACUUAAGAGACAAUUAGAGGAGUUUGGAGACAGCGGAGCAGCAGGAGGAGCAGCAGGAGCACAAGAGGUACAGGUAGAGGAGCCAGCAGAGGCCCCAUUACCUGUAUUAGAUAGUAAAGAAUUUGCUGCUCUUAUGGUGUCUCUAAACUGCAGCAAGGCAAAAGGAGACACUUUUUGGUGUCUCCUUUCUGAUCGUCCUUAUGAAUAUCUUGUUGCUAUGGUAGAACGAUUAGAGGUCCUUACCUCACGCAGUAUACAGGACUUGGAGGCCGAGCAGCAGAAGAGGAGACAGGGCAUGCACAAGAAGAGACACAAGAGCAACUUCUCCUUCCGCAGCGCAGCACUUGCAGGCGGUAUUAUUGACUUCCAGCGUCGUGUACUCGAGCUGCACGAAGCAGCAGCAGCAGCAGCAGAGGGAGAGGCAUCUGGUCUCUUUAAGGAUGACGACACCAGCAAUCAGGAGGCAGAAGCAGCAGCAGCAGCAGCAGCAGCCGCAGCAGCUGCGGGACGCGAGCCGAAAGAGCUCCUUGCCGAUCUCCUCCGAUCUUUCCGCGCGUUGCUGCAGAAGCUGGAGAACCGUCCCCCUCAGCAGCAGCAAGAGCAGCAGCAGCAGCAGCAGGAUGGGGCCGAUGAGCAGCGGGUACUGCCUGUGGAGGAUUUAAGCUGGUUUGCUGCUCUUCGUAAGGAGAGACCCGUAAGGAGACUCUUAUGGCUAAUGGGCCUUGAGCCUGCAGAAGGAGACACUUGCUGGUUGCUGCCAUCAACUGUCUCCGCUUCUACAUGGAAGGAUCGUCUCCAAGUCUUCGAUGCUAUGCAUGCAAAUAGUCUUGAGGACUUGGAGAUGUUGGUAGAAGACGUAAGGCCGAGGGACAGGGAGACAGAAGGAGACCGUAGAGGACGAGGAGGAGAGAGAGGAGACAGUAAGAAAGGGAAGAAGCAUAAGAAGAAAGGAGACAAGAUGAAUGGAGGACAAGAGGAUAAACCUAUAAGAAUAAAGACUUAUCCUAUAAAGCCUACACUGCAGCAGCAACAUAUACUUGUACAAAAAAUAUACGAAUGGAGACACUUCGUGGAGACACAAGAGUGUGGGGAGGUGGUGGGGGCAGACGACCAGCUGCUGCGUCUUGUUGUUUGUUUAGAGACAUGGCUUGGUUGUCGUGCUGCAGCAGCAGAAACAGCAGCAGCAGAAGCAGCAGAUCUACCUAAUGCAGAAGCUGCUGCAGCAGCAGCAGCAGCAGCAGCAGAAAAAGCUGUGGGGAACCUUGUGGUGACGCAGCACGGUGGCGCUGGGGAUGAAGAGGAAAUGGAAUCCGCAACGGGAUCGGGAUCGGGAUCGGGAUCGGGAUCGUGGGGUAGGGGACGACUCCCAACAACUGUCCAAGCUCUAUGGAUAUGUGCUGCAUUAGGGGGACAGCCAACUAUAGGUAGCGACAAUAAGAGAUGGAUAUGGCUAGCUGACCCCACACAUCUACCUGUCUCCUGGUUAAGGAGACAGCUAAAGCUUAUAAGGAAGGCAUUAACAGACCCAAGACUUAGUACAGCAGCAGCACUAAAGGAAGAAGCAGAUGCCCUUGCGGAGUUGGUGCAGCAGCAGCAGCAGCAGGAGAUGCAGCAACAGCAAGAGGAAGAAGAAAGACAACGUAAGCUGCAGGAGCAGCAGCAGCAGGAAAGGCAGCAAAGACGAAGAAAGAAACAGAAGGAAAGGAGACAGAGAGAAGAUAGUGAUGAUGAUGAGGAGGAGGCCUCCGCAGACACCGACAGCAGCAGCAGCAGCAACAGAGACAGCAGCAGCGAGGCUGCAGCUGACGAUCAGGAGACAGAUAAUGAAUCUGUAGUGUCUCCACAGCGUAAGAGCAGACGCAGGAAGAAGCAGCAAAUAAACAAAAAUAAAAGACAUGCAGAGGAGACACCUGCAGCAGAGACAGCGGCAGAGGCAGCAGCAGCAGAAGCAGCAGAAAGUCCAACAAGAGAAACAACAGCAGCAGCAGCAACGGAAGGAGAAACAACAGCUGCUGCUAGCGAGACAGAAGCAGCAACAGCAGCACCUGCGACGUCUGCAGCAGCAGCAGCAGCUCCUGCUGCUGCUGCUACUGCUGCUACAGAAAUAGAAGAGGAAGAGGAUGAUGCCUUUGCUGCAUGGAUAAGAGACACAAUAGAGGUAAGAAGAGACACCUCUGCUGCUGCAGCUGCUGCAUCUGCUGCAUCUGCUGCUGCUGAUUUGCUGCCUGAAAGUAUCAAAGAGUUCCUGGCAGAGACAGAGAAGGAUAAACAGCAGCAGCAGCAGCAGCAGCAAAAGCGCAUGCUGGCUGAAGACAGCGGUGUUGCAGUGGAGUCGAUGGGUGGUAUACAGUCAACAGAAACAGCAGCAGCAGCAGCACAAAAGGCAGCAACAGCAGCAGCAGCAGCAGAUGAGGGGGAGCAGCAAGGGAGACUCAAGAGGGCCCGCAAGGCGCCUAGUCCUGAAGAACUUAAGGAGUUACUAAGCGACUGCUACCGCUUAGCGGAGACAGGGGUAAGGAGCAGCAGCAGCAGCAGCAGCAGCAGUAGCAGCAGCAACAGUAGUAUACGGCAGGCAGAAGCAGCACAGCAGCAGCAGGAGACAAUUGCUGACUUCUUGGGCAAGGACAGAAUAAGGGGAGCAGCAGGACUGCGGCGUCUGCUGCAGCAGUCUUAG